AUGGGAGUCUCGGUGUUUCUAUUGUACGCGGUAACGGUACUCGGUGUGACAGCCAGCGACAAUUGUGCCGACAAGUGCUCGUGCAAGUGGAAGAGCGGGAAGCGCACGGUGGAGUGCGUGAAUCGCGACCUGAUCAGCAUACCGGAGUGGAUCGAUCCGGAGACCCAGGUGCUGGACAUGAGCGGCAACAACAUCUGUCACCUGCCAAACAACAUAUUUAUACACGUGCGGCUGACGAAUUUGCAGCGUCUCUACUUGCGUGAGUGUCGUAUCGAUCGGAUCGAUAGCGAGGCAUUGGCCGGCUUGACGAAUCUCGUGGAGCUCGAUCUCAGCAACAAUAUGCUGGCCGCGGUGCCGAGUUCGAGUUUCACCGACACGCCAUUCUUGCGCGAUUUGGUGCUCGCGUACAAUCCGCUCAAACGAAUUCGCUCGCACGCGUUUAAGAGCACACCGAAUCUAGUGAAGCUCGAUUUAUCGCAUACACAGCUCGUCGAGAUUGAGGCUAAGGGUUGGCGCGGACUGGAAAUGCUCGAGAGUCUCAAGCUGAGCAACAAUGAACUGUCCACCCUGCAUCUGGGCACUUUUGAGCCGCUUAACAAGCUCACUAGUAUCGAGCUGCACGAAAAUCCGUGGGUCUGCGAUUGUCAUUUACGUGAGAUGAAAAUGUGGCUGGUCAAGCAUAAUCUACCGACCAUCGUGACGCCCGUAUGUCACGGGCCCCAGCAAUUGCUCGAUCGUGCCUUCACCGAUCUCGGUAUCGAUGACUUUGCCUGCCGGCCGAUCUUGCUGAUAGCCAGCCGUUAUGCCGAGGCCACCAUCGGCGAGAACGCUAGUAUCGUGUGUCGCGUGAGUGCGGUACCAGCAGCAGAAAUCAAGUGGUAUUGGAACGGCCGAUUAUUGACCAAUCACUCGGCCUUCAGCAGCUAUCAAAAAAUCCUCAUCUUCGAGGAGGGUCAAUUUAAGAAACGGAGCACUCUUAUUCUCACCAACGCACAGGAAGCGGAUUCUAGUGAGUUCUACUGCGUUGCCGAGAAUCCCGCUGGCUCCGUCGAGGCAAAUUUCACCUUGCACGUGUCUCUAAGGACGGCAGGCAUGUCGACUUUAGGCUCGGGCCAGAUCGCGGGUAUAUCCGCCGCGUUGGUGGUGCUCAUACUCUUCAUCCUGCUCAUCAUUCUCGUAUUGUUCAUUCGUUUGCGGAGAAUGCCGCUGAAGGACGUGAAAUCGUCGGCGCCGAUGGAAGCGGCGUCGAGCGACGGUAUCGGCAGCGGUGGCGGCGGCAGUGGUGGCGGCAGCGGUGACAACAACCCUCCGUCCGCGACCUCGACGACUCGCAGGAAACACGAGGAGAUCGAGACGACGUCGUUCGCGCUCGAGUCCAAGCCACCCGCGUCGCUGCAUCUGAGCUACGUGCAGAGACCGCACGCGGUCGUAAUGCAGGAGAGCGAGUACAGCACAAUCAGCCGCUUCGACGAUCAGAAUCAGCCCGCGGUGGCGGCGAUGCCGGGUGCCGGGUGUUUCUCGUCGACGACAUCCUUGAUGCCGAUCGAUAAUCCGGAUCUCAUCAGGGACACUCGGCGCAGCUCCAACGAGGACAUCACGCCUUACGGCGUCGCCGAUUACGGCCGCGUCGAAGCGCUAGACGACGCCGGCAAGAUGCUCUACACCAGCUGCCUGUGGGAGGCCAGGGACAGCUGCGGUAGGGCGUCCGCCGUUUCGGCGAACGUGUAUCCCUCGAAGGAGCAGCAGCUCGCGGUGGUCGCGCCGGUCGUCGAGCAAUUUCCACCCGGCGCGAAGCAGAUAAGAGUCUGGCAGAAGGGGGUCCCGGUGCUGCCGCCGGUUUCAGCGCUGAAACGCGUCCUGGGAUCCACGCGCAGCUCGCCCGAUGAGGGUUAUCAGGAGGGCACCGGUACCGACGUCUAGGUACCGCUACUUCAUUACUGCGAUGCCCGUCACCGUUAUCUGGAGCUACGUAGACGACACCAGGAGGACGACACUGACUGCUAAGAGAGGAACGAAGGAAAAAAAGUAAAAGAAAAAGAGUUGUCCUCACGAGUGCCGGGCGGGCGGUAGUGAACAGGUUUAAAAAAAAUGUGCCGGACGAAUCUCGCGUUCAAGUGUGAUCGCAUCAGUGUGACUAUAUGAUCAAAGCUAACGCGUCAUUAUUGUUGUACACAGACCACUCUUUACUGUUGGACGAAAGCGUUACGCUCGCAAUCGCGUUUACGUACAGUGAUGGACGAUACAACAUUAUACAGUUUCACACAUUUAAAUAGAUACCAUUCAAGUCAGCAAGAGCGAUAGCACCUUGCAAUCGGGAAGGUACAAUUGAACCAUAGACAAGACGUGAACAACGCACAGCUCACCUCUAAAGACUGCCAUAACUAUAGUACGCGCGUCGAAUCGCUAGGCGUAUGCAAGGAGCUUUCUAGAGGUCGACGAACGCGUGGAUCGUUACUGCAAGAGAUUGACAU